AUGUCUGUGGAAUUCUCACUUCCAGAUACACAGGAGACUCAAGAAGAGCAGUUGGCGCUACCAAAAUACCAAUGUCCGAUCUGCUCGCGGCGCUACAAACGGCGCGAACAUCUCUCCCGCCACACUAGUUCGCACACGGCAGAGCGACCUCAUCGAUGCAGUUCUUGCAACGGGGCUUUCCAGAGAGCCGAUGUUCUUAAACGUCAUCAUCGAACUUGCACUGGUGGAAACUCGCGAUCUGGGGCUCGCCGGCGCGCCUGUGAUCGAUGUGCUCGUCAGAAGAAAGCAUGCAGCUCGCAAGACCCUUGCCAAAGUUGUACCCGGAAGGGCAUUGCUUGUCAUUAUCUUCUAAGCUCUGAAAAUAUCGAAACCCCGGGUCGAAAUGGACCACUUGACCCGAUACAACCUGCCAGGGGCACGAAUCAAAAUGAAGGUGCCACGUCGGCUGGUAUGACCUUACCUUUUGGUAUUACCUCAGAGGAUUUGCAGGCUUUUGCAACCAAUUCACUGGAAGAUAUAUUGAGUCCGAGUGGGCUCGGGCAGACUGCACCGAGCUGGCUUGAACUCUUUGGUCCUCCAUCCGAUCGGAUCCUUUGCGAGGACCUAUCGACGACCCACGGUCACCAUUCACUGUAUUUUCUUGAUAGAUUCACAAGCAACACAGGCUUAGUGGCAAGUUUUGAAUGCGGGACUCAAGACCAGAGAGAACAGGUUGCCUCUGCAUUGGAGCUCGAGGCUCUGCACACGAAUAUCCCGGAACAUUUGAUAUCAUCUGGAUUGCCGUUAGACAUGGUACCUCCCUUAGUGGAAAAUAUUAGCGAUUUCAGCACUGAUAGUUGCCUUCCAUUAAACUGGCUGGGCGACCCACUGUCACUGAAGACUCAUGAAAUUCUCUUGCUCAUUGAGGAAGUUGUAACGAUUAAACCGCGAAACAGCGCAGUGACGCUUGACUGGUCAGCAGCACUGAAGAAUUCAUGUCUGCAAUUCUUCUCACCAAGAAAUCUGCGCAGACUCCUGGGGUUGUAUUGGGCUAUUUGGCACCCGAACGUCAACUUUGUUCACCGACCUACCUUUGACCCAAUAUCCGCGAAGCCUGCUCUUUUAGCUGCCAUGGCCCUGAUGGGGGCUUUCAUGUCGCCAGACAUGCCAGAUAACGAGGAUGCGCGAAUGUGGCUGAAUUGCGUAGAAGAGAUUGUUUUCAUUGACGAUGACUUCAAUAGUGAUCUCUCAAAUCGCUCGUCGGGUAGCCUUGCGGCCCAUCGCAGGAAGAUUCAAAUUCUUCAGGCGGCGUUCGUAGUCUGUCUUUUACAAACUUGGGAAGGAACAGACUCUAGCAAAGGUCGCAUUCGCCGGUAUCGCUUUGCCACGCUAGUAUCGACUGCACGAGACAUCGGGAUUGCGACAGCGACACACUUAGACUACGCCGACCUAGCAAGACAUGAAUUUGAAUGGAAAGAAUACGCUGCUCGCGAAGAGCUCAUUCGAGUAUUCACCUGGAUCUUUCUACUUGAUACCGCUUUUGUCAUAUUCAACAAUCUGCCACCUCGCCUAGUAAUAAAAGAGAUGAAGAUGCACAUGGCUUCUCCGGAGGCAUGCUUCCAAGCACCAACAGCCGCUCAGUGCCAUGAUCAGAUUCAGCUUCAUCUUCCGGCUGGGAGCCUUUACUGGAGUUUUUCGCUUCGUGGUGCAUUCGAGACUCUAUCACAGAAUAGCUUACCACCGACAAUGUCUCAAGCGCUCGCGGACUUGGGACAUCUGAAUCUUUUUGCUUUGACGUCAGCGAUUCAUUCACAAAUCUUCCAGUAUCGCAGCUCAGUGAGCACCUGGCAAAACCUAACUCCAAUUCACAACACACUAAGGAACUGGCGAAGUGCUUGGCAACUCUUUUCUUCAACUGCUUUUUUCAGCGUCUCUCCACACAUUACAGUCAAUGACCAGCACCUCGAUCCCGAGACCAUGUGGAAAAGAGUUGGUUUCCCUCGAUUCUGUCAUGAAUAUUGGCUUCUGGCCAACCUCAUGGCAGACCGCCUCGUUGCAUUAGGCAGCUUGCAGGGUACCGAUUUGGCAGCUCUUGGGGAGGGUCCGUUAGAUCCUAUCCUGAACAAAUAUGACCAGACUAGUAUGCGACAGGUGAAUGACCUUAUUAUGGGCUUCCAGACGUUUCAAAUAUGA